AUGGACCAAAACAUAAUCACAGCUGAGUCUGGACAGGACGUCACUCUGACAUGUCGAGCUCCAAACAACAAUAUCUUAGUUGUAGAGUGGAGCCGAGCUGACCUGGGAGAUGAAAAUGUCCUGAUUUAUUACAAUGGGAAGUUUGUUCCAGACGACCAGCAUCCAUCUUUUAAGAAUCGGGUGGAUCUGCAGGACAGACAGAUGAAGGAUGGAGAUGUGUCUUUGAUCCUGAGGGAUGUGACGACUACUGAUGAUGGAACAUACAUGUGCCGUGUUUUUAUAGGAGCACAGACAUGGAAACUCGUCAGCAUCAUUAACCUGAAUGUUCCUCCAGGUCAGACAGGAGGACAAGAGAAGGAUGAAGACGACAAAGAUGGAGGGAAGGAGGCUGGAUCUGUUGGGCUGAUAGUCGGUCUGUUAGUUUCUGCUGUGCUUGUUGUUUUUAUUGCCAUUCUUGGUUUUCUGAUCUACAGAAAAAAGCAUCAACCUUCAAAAGAGCAUCCUGCUGAUCAACACAGCAAACAGCCUCUUCAGACUUAAAAGCAAUUUCAUAUUUGGUGUUUAAAACUGCAUGGACUUGUAACUAUUUCAUUCACCACAACAGCCCAUUAUCAAACAGAAACUGACAGUUCUGUACAGUAAAAGCUUUAAAUGUUAGCCUGAGCCAACUUAAGGCUUUCUGAUUAAAGGUUAAAAGCAAAGUUGUCACUAAGUAAAUAGAAUACUGUUUAUAGUCUAAGGAGCUUCGUAAGAAAAGGGAAGUAUCUGGACUUCUUUAGGUUUCUUUAAGACGUUUCACCUCUCAUCCAAAAAGCUUCAGUUCUAACAUGACAACAUAACAUGACAGGUGACAUUUUGGGUUGUCUAGACCAGCGGUCCCCAACCACUGGCCUCGGACCGGUACCGGUCCGUGAGUUCAGGUGU